AAUGGCAUCUGAAAUCUAUGACUAAUUAGUAACAGUUUUUACAAAUACAGAUAAUAAAAUCAGAAAUGAAACAGAAAAACAAUUAGUGACAAAUCUAAUAGAUAAUAUUUAGAAUUUUUAAUAGAUAGCCAAAGUUGCUAUGUAAUAGGAUAAAAGUAAAAUUAUAUUUGAAUAUAUAUAUAGUGUAAGAACAAGCAGCCAGUUUAUUAAAUUCAGUUAUAUUGAAGAUGCUAACAAAUAGCAGUAUUAAUAUAUCAUAUUAAAUUAGUUUAAUUAUCAAUUCAUCAUGCAAAUUCAAUCCUUGCAGUUCUCAUGUCUUAAUAUACAACAUUAAAAUGUAAAUAAUCUUUAAUAAAGUGUAUGAGUUUAAUAGUUAGAAAAGAUAAAAGUAAUUAUUAAACAUUAUUUAGGUGUUAAAACUGAAAUAGAGAAUAAAAUGAAAGAAUAUUUAAGAUAAGAUCAACAUUGGUAAUUUUAAAUAGGAAUCUUAUUUUUUAAGAUUUUAUUGGAUUCUUUAGAAUUGCAAACAUAUAGUUCAAUUGUAUAAACUGGUUAUGAAUGGAUAAGUGAGUUUUUUAAUUUAACUGCUUAUAUUAUCACUAAAUUAACAGAAUAACCAAAAGAAUUAGCAGAUGAUUUCAUUACAACUAUUAGAUUAUAUACUUAAGUUGUUUCUGAUCUAUGUGAGAAAGUCUUUGAUAAAAAUAAUAGUCAAAAAGAAUAAACUUAACCAAUACAAAAUAUAUUAUUCUAAUUAAAUUCUUUCUCUGGAGCUCUCAUAAUAUUAUUAUCCUAUUCUCCAUAAAUAGGUAAAUAGAUUCAAAAUUGUUCAAUUAUUAAUACAGGUAAUGAUCAUUUUGAUAAUCAAUUAAAUGAAAUUAAAUGUUAAGUGUUUAAAAUCUAUUUCUUAACUCUUUAAGUCUUAUUGAAUACUCGAAAUAAGAAUGAAGUAAAAAAAGGAGCAUUUGGACCUUAUUUAACAACUAUAACAUAAUUAUUAAUCUAUAGUUUAUUGUCCUAUACUAAUACUGAAUCGAUUCAUUAAAUAUACAAGUAUAUAUUUUAUAUAUAAUAAUGAAAGUAAACCAUAUUUACCAACUAUGAUGACCUAUAUAAUGAAAUUAUUGGCAAAUCUAGGAACUUAAACUGAAUAAUAUUAAAUAUUUUCUGAUUCCAAAAUAGCUUUAAUAACAGAUGCAAUAUAUCCAUUUUUAAUAACAUCAUAAAAAGAAUAUUAAUAAAUGAAAGAUUAACCAGAAGAAUUUGUCAAUUUGGCUUUAGAUUCAGUAGAUAAAUAAUAAUCUGAUGUUCCAAAAACAGCAGCAGCAUCUUUAUUAGAGGCUUUAUGUGAUCAUAUUGAUGGAUCUACUACAUUUUUAGCAAAUUUAGCGAUAAUAAUUUCAUAGCAUGCAAUAAAUAUGAUAUCUAAUAAUCCAAUUUAAUUAAAGGAAUAAUAAGUUACUUUUGUUUAGGCAUUGCAAGACAAGUAGAAAUACAGUAUAUAUUAGGAAAUUAUUCAAAGAAUAUAGUCCAGUAGAUAGAAUUGAAAGUAGUUUAGUAAUAUUAACAAUAAUGAGUUAUUUAAUAUAGAAAAGAUUAGAUAUAGUAUUAUUAAUGGAAUAAUUAUUGAGUGAUAAUUUAUUAUUCUUUUAGAAUGUUUAAGAUUAAAUAAUAAAAUUAAGACUUUCUUUAUUUUUUGGAUAUUAUUGUGAUAAUUUAUUUAAAAAGGAUACACAAUCUUAAAAUAUGAAUGCAUAUUUAUAAAUAAUGAUUAGUUUUGUUUAACCAUAAGAACCUGUAGUAUUAUAUUAAUCAAUUGAUGCAUUAAAAGACAUAUUUGAAGAUGAUGAUCUUAAAAUAAAAACUAAAGAUUUAGUAGUAUUACUAUUCCCAUAAUUAUGUAAUGCACUUUAAUAUAGUACAUAUGAGAGACAUUUUGAAACAAUAACAAAUUUAUUAAAAAGAUAUCCAUAUUAAUUUUUGUAAAAUGAUAAUUUAUUGGUUGGUUUAAUAUAAGUUUUGACUUAAAGAGUUAUUAUAGAAUAAUAAAAAAUAAAUUCUGGUGAUUAAUAAAGACAUAUAUAUUUAAAUAGAUGUUGGAAUGUUCUUAGAUCAUUAGCAGAUCAAGAUGAAUUUAGUGAAGUUUUAGGAAAAUUAGAGUAACAUUUAGGAUAAUUGUAUUCAAUGUUAGCUAAUUGUGAUAAAAUUGAUUUUGAUGAAGAUUUAGUAUUAUUUAUUUCUGGAUGUAUAUCUAAAUUAUCAAUUGUAACAGAAUUAUAGAUGUAAAUCUUACCAUACUUUUAGAAUAUUAUUAAAAAGUAAUAGGGAAGAUUAUGUAAUCUAUUUGAAACACUUAAUUAAUAUAUGCAUUUUGGAAGAAACUAUUUUAUUAAUGAAGCAUAAUAAUCUAUUUAUUUUUAAUUAGCAUUUUAGAAUUUAUAAAAUGAAGAUAAUUAUGGUGAUAUUGAAUAAGGAGAAGGAGCCUUAUUAAUUUAAUUAGGAAUAUAAGAAUUACAUGAUGAUCUUAAGAGUAAUAUACUCUCUUAAAUACUUUUCUAAACUAUUACAAUAUUAUAAAAACCAGAUAUUAAUGAACAUUUAAAGUCUAGAAUUACUGGUAUUAUAUUGAGUUCACUAUAUAAAAUACCUGAAAAAACAUAUGAAGUUUUAUCUGAAGUUUUUCCUGCUGUUUAUAAUCGCAUUUUAGAUACUCAAUAUUCUCCAGGUUAUGAUAUCAAAUUAUUUAUUAUUACAAUGUCAUCUUUGAUUAUGAAAUAACCUAAUCUCUUAACAUCCAAUUUAUUGACUAUAAUGGUCAAUAAUUUAAUUGCUUAAGAGAAAUAUGAAAAAGAUUAAAAAUUUAAAUAAAAUGAGUAAUUUAUCUUUAUUUAAAAAUAGUUAUAUGGAUGAUGAAUUAGAUGAUGAAGAUGAUAGCGAUUUCAAUGAUGAAGAAGAAAUAACAUAAGCUUAACAAUAAACAGAAUAAUUCUUAAGUUCUAUAGUAAAAUUAGAUGAAUAUUCUUUAUUUAAAUAAACCAUCUUAUGCUUUAAGAAUCUGUAUAUUUAUUUAAUUAUAUCUUUAUUAGAUAUCCAUAAAUUAUUGAUUAAUUGAGAAAUGGAUUAGACUAAUAAAUAAUUAAUAAAAUUAAUGAAUAAUUAUAAUUUAUUAGAGUAGAAACUCAAGAUGGAGAAGAACUUAGAAAAUUUCGACAAUUAAAAAAUUGCAAUCGCAAAAAGUAAUUUAAUAAUUGA